AUGGAUGAAAAGAACAAUCAAACCAGUGUGAUAGAAUUUAUUUUGCUGGGCUUCACCAAUCAUCCAGAGCUGCAGGCUGUCCUUUUCCUUUUGUUCCUAGCAAUCUACCUUAUCACCAUGGCUGGAAGUCUCAGCAUGAUCGUGAUAAUUAGGGUCCAACGCCAGCUUCACACCCCCAUGUAUUUCUUUCUCAGCCAUUUGGCUUUCGUUGACACCUGCUACACCUCUGCCAUUGCUCCUAAGAUGCUGGUGAACUUCUUCACGGACGAUAAAACCAUCUCUUAUGCCGGGUGUGCUUCCCAGAUCGCUUUGUUUGCUGCAUUUGUGAGCACAGAGUGUUUCCUCCUGGCUGCGAUGGCAUAUGACCGGUAUGUGGCCAUCUGUAACCCACUGCUGUACACAAUCACCAUGUCGCAGACAGCCUGUGCCUGGCUGGUGGGUGGAGCCUAUCUCGCCGGGUGUGUGAAUUCGGCCGUGCAGACAGUGUGUGUGUUUCGACUGUCCUUCUGUGGACCCAACGUCAUCGAUCAUUUCUUCUGUGAUAUCCCCCAGCUUCUGAAGCUCUCCUGCUCCGAUACCUUCCUCUCAGAGAGCCUUUCCCUCCUUUUCUCUGCCCUGGUUGGUCUGAGCACCAUUACAUCCAUCCUGGCCUCCUAUUUCUGCAUCUUUGCUGCUGUCCUGAGGAUGCCCUCUGCUGAAGGCAGGCGCAAAGCCCUCUCCACCUGCACCUCCCACCUGACCUCUGUGGCUUUGCUUUAUGGGACUGGUUUCUACAUGUACUUACACCCCCAGUGGAAGUCUGGGCGAGGCAGUGAUGUGGUGAUUUCUAUAUUUUACACCUUGAUAAUCCCCAUGCUGAACCCCCUGAUCUACAGCCUGAGGAACAAAGAGGUGAAGGCUGCCCUGAAGAAAGUGAUGAGGAGGAAAUAA